CGAUUGUUGAGGGGAACAGCAUGUCGGUCGUGUUUGGAGAUGAAGAGAAGGAAUCUGACUAUGGAUACGUGUACAAGGUGUCCGGGCCGCUGGUCAUUGCCGAGAACAUGCACGGCGCAGCCAUGUACGAGUUGGUGCGUGUAGGGCACGACAAAUUGGUCGGGGAAAUCAUCAAGCUCGAAGGCACGAACGCGUCUAUCCAAGUGUACGAGGAUACCUCUGGGUUGACUGUGGGCGAUCCCGUGGAACGCCGCCGCCAGCCGCUGUCGGUGGAACUUGGUCCUGGUAUCGUGGACAACAUCUUCGACGGGAUCCAGCGCCCAUUGGAAUCCAUCGCAAAGCUCACGCAGGACGUGUACGUGCCGCGUGGUGUGGACGUGCCGUCGUUGGACCACAACAAGCAAUGGCGCUUCACGCCCGUGAGCUUCCGCGAAGGCGACCCCAUUUCCGGCGGCGACAUCUUUGGGACGGUGCACGAGAACGAUCUUUUGUACUCGCACAAGAUCAUGUGUCCGCCCAACGUGUUUGGGACCGUGGUCAAGGUGUACGGUCACGGCACCGACGGUCACGAGAGCUUUACGCUCGACGACACGGUGCUCGAAGUGCGCGACGACACCACUGGCACGACCCACAAGCUUGGGUUGUCGCACUUUUGGCCGGUGCGCAAGCCGCGUCCGGUCGCGGAGAAGUUGGCCGGCAACGUCGCGCUGCAGACCGGGCAGCGCAUCAUCGACGCGUUGUUUCCGUCCGUCCUGGGCGGGACGUGCGCCGUGCCCGGCGCGUUUGGCUGCGGCAAGACGGUCAUCUCCCAGGCGUUGUCCAAGCACUCGAACUCGGACGCGAUCGUGUACGUCGGGUGCGGCGAGCGCGGCAACGAAAUGGCCGAAGUGUUGUGUGACUUCCCCGAGCUGACCAUGACCAUCAACGGCCAGGAAGUGCCCAUCAUGAAGCGCACGGCGCUGGUCGCGAACACGAGUAACAUGCCCGUGGCCGCGCGCGAAGCCAGCAUUUACACUGGCAUCACGCUGGCCGAGUACUUCCGCGAUCAAGGCAUGAACGUGAGUAUGAUGGCUGACUCGACGUCUCGAUGGGCCGAAGCGCUGCGUGAAAUCUCGGGCCGAUUGGGCGAAAUGCCUGCCGACAGUGGGUACCCGGCGUACCUGGGGGCGCGUCUAGCGGCAUUUUACGAGCGCGCGGGUCGCGUGUCGUGCCUUGGCAGUCCCAAGCGGGAGGGAAGUGUGACGGUGGUGGGGGCCGUGUCCCCUCCAGGUGGCGACUUUUCCGAUCCGGUGACAGCUGCGACACUGUCGAUUGUCCAAGUGUUUUGGGGCCUCGACAAGAAACUGGCGCAGCGCAAGCACUUUCCCAGCGUGAACUGGCUGAUCUCGUACACCAAGUACAUGCGUGUACUGGAGCCGUUCUUUAACCGGUUGGACCCGGACUACUCGAACUUGCGCACCAAGUGCCAGGAGAUUCUGCAAAAAGAAGACAACUUGCAAGAGAUUGUCCAACUUGUGGGCAAAGAGUCGCUGUCGGAGGACCAAAAGGUGGUCAUGGAAGUGGCCAAGAUCAUCCGGGAAGACUUUUUGCAGCAGAAUGCGUUCUCCGACUAUGACUUCACGUGCCCGUUGGUCAAGUCUGUGGGUAUGCUUCGGUCUAUUAUCUUGCUGCACAACUUGUCUCAAAAGGUGAUUGCCGACUCGCCGCCCGAUGCACGCGUGACGUGGGCGCAGAUCAAGGUGUCACUGAACCCUGUGAUCCAAAAGAUCAUUCAGACCAAGUUCCAAUUGCCCAAGCAACCCGAGGAACAGUUGCGAAAGUUCUUUGCCGGGUUGGACGAAGAAAUCGAAGCUGCGUUCCAGUCGCUGUCGGACUAGCACUUUGUACAUUUCGAGCGACGUUAAUCAAAGAUUGAUGAUUGCAUCAUCAAGUGUACAUGAUGAGGAUUGUGCUGGCAGCCAAGGUUGGAUUUUUGUGUGGUUGUGCAUUUCUUGGACGGAAUAUGGAAAAAGUGC